GCCGCACCACACGCGCGCUGGGCGGGGAGUUGGUAGGCGGCUACCUCACGUGAGAAGCUGAAAAGGGAAGAGCUGGGGCCGUGUGGAACGGAGCUGUGGUGCUAGAAGGAGCUUUUCCACCAUGAGGAUGCAAUACCUACUCCCCGCUUUGCUGCACCUCUCGCUUGUGCUGCUGGGGCCUGGCGGUACCAAUGGACAAAAUGACUAUGUCACAAAAGAAAAUGGAGUCGUUGUAUUGUCUGUCCCUGAAGUGGUUUCAUUAGAAAGUGGAAGUUCAACAAAUGUCACUAUCUCUCUGAGGGCUCCAUUAAAUGAGACACUGGUGAUAACUCUUAAUAUUACACACUCAUCAAAACACAGCACCAUUGUUGAACUGCCUGAUGAAGUACAAUUGCCUGCAGGUCACACUAAAGCAGCCUUCCAAGUGAAAGCAGAUGAUGUUGGACAAAUAACAGUUUAUCUUUAUACCAUUAAUUACAACUUAACUGGACCUAGGAUUCAAUUUCAAGUGAUUCAUAGCAUCAUAGUGAGAUAUGCUGAUGAAGUGAUUGGCUGGAUCUAUUUCCUCGCCUGGUCCAUCUCCUUUUAUCCUCAACUCUUUGAGAACUGGCGACGAAAGAGUGUUGUUGGACUAAGCUUUGACUUCAUAGCAUUAAACCUUACUGGCUUUAUAGCAUACAGUGUGUUUAAUGUUGGACUCUUCUGGAUUCCCUUGAUUAAGGAGGAAUUCUUAGUCAGCUAUCCCAGUGGGGUGAACCCUGUGGCUAUCAAUGAUGUUUUCUUCAGCCUCCACGCAGUAGCUGUAACGCUCCUCACCGUCAUUCAGUGCUGCAUUUACGAGAGAGCAGAUCAGAAGGUAUCCAAAGUUGUUGUUGGACUACUGGCACUUGCGUGGAUCUUCACAUUUACAACAUUGUUUCUUGCUGCAGCUGAGGAAAUGACAUGGCUACAGUUCUUAUUCUGCUUCUCUUACAUUAAGUUAGCAGUCACACUGAUAAAAUAUUUUCCACAGGCAUACAUGAAUUUCCGUCGGAAGAGUACUGAAGGAUGGAGUAUUGGAAACGUACUACUAGAUUUCACUGGUGGAAGCUUCAGCCUUCUCCAGAUGUUUUUGCAGUCAUACAACAAUGAUCAGUGGAAGUUAAUCUUUGGAGAUCCAACCAAGUUUGGCCUCGGUGUCUUCUCCAUCGUCUUUGAUAUUGUUUUUAUGAUCCAGCACUACUGCCUUUAUAAGAGACAAGGGUAUGAACAUUGUGAAUAACAUCACCUGUGAAGGCACAAACUUUAAAUUGAACUUGCCCCUACCCUGGCUGAGGGCUUUCAAGAUGCCUACUGCCAGUUACCAGAAAUACUGAUUCUGAUCGCCAUUUAUACUUUGAUCCUCUCUGGUAUGGAAUACAAGCUGUUGCCUUGCCAGAUGCUGAUUGCCAGAUGCCUUAAAGGACAUCAAGCUACCUGGCCACAACUUGCAAAUGGAAGACUCAUGCCUGUCGAAGCUGCAGACAUCUUAGCGUGAGCUGUCCAAGCAACAUGUGGCAAUGUUAACAACAGGGAAGAGAAAGAUCAGAGCAGUGUCUUUCUAAUUGUAAGUGAAGCACAAAGAGCCGAGUUCUGGCUUCCAAAAAUUGGAGAGGAUGUUUAAGCAAUCACUUAAUAUCUUAAUAUAAUGACCAAAGACUGUCUGUGGAUUUAAGUGCUGCUGCCGAUUCCUCACAAACAGAUCACAGUAGAACACCACUCAGGUUGGCUGCUAACAGAUGUAGUGGUACAUGAAAAAAUAAUGAAGUUGGUAGCAAAUAUACAAAUAUUAGAACCUGAGCUCUUUAUUAAAAAACUACUAAAAAGUAGAAACUGUAUUCUUAUUUCACUGAAAGCGCUUUCAAAGGUACAAAGGCAAAUGCUCAGAUUUAUCUGAAUGCUUCUAGUGCACUAACUUAAUUUUGCUCAAUUCUACUGAUAUGCCUUGAACCUUAAACAAUGGAUGGGAAAGAUUAAUCAAAGAGAUUAUUUUUAAUUGGAUCAGGUUAACAGCCCUAUGAUUCAAGUUUAAAUAUGUUUUUUGUUCCUGGACAACUUUAACUACAGAGGGUGUGAUCUAGGUAGAGAUCAACAUCUUAAGUUACUUGAAGGUAAGCAUUAUACCCUUUAAAAGAACUAGAAGGAAAUCCAGGUGUUUGUACUUGAAUGCUCAAAAGCUACUCUGUCUUACUAGGUAUCAACCUAAUGAAAAUUAGAACCCCUUCUCCCCUUGUUGCAGUCCAGGUGCUUUGACAGCUCACUAACACUACAACUACCCAACAGUGAAAUCAGACCUUACUAACCUCAGACUGCUUUGUGUUGAUGUAGUCCACGGUCCACCUUGAGCCAGAAAAAAGGUCUCAGCUGGAGGCAUUCGAGUGAGGUGGCAUUCUUAAAUUAGAAGGAGAAACAGCUCAGGAAAUCCAACUUUGUUUUAUUGUGUGUAAAAUCAAGUGAAAUAGCAGUACAAAUAGCAGUGUAUCUUUAUAGUAACAAAAAUAACUUCAACUUGAAAGCCUUAAAAUUUACCACUGAAUUCUUAAGUUACAAAAAUCAAAAGCGUGAUUGUAGUAAUUCCAUAGAUAUAAAAAUGGUAAAUAGGCAUCUGCUGGUGUGUACAGAACAGUCUGAGAUGCAUUAAUCGCAACAUAUGCAUGUGGCACAGCAGUAAUGUACUGAAUAAGUUAGUCUGCCACCUCCUCAUGUUCUAUUUACAACAGCUUACCUGAAGACUGCUUAAGGAAAGUGUAGAUAUGUAUAAAAUCAACUGAAGGGGAUUGAGAACUCCAGUUUUUGGAUAAUUGUAAAGCUAGCUGGUUAACAAACCACUAGGAUGCUAGCAUAAUUGUCUUGCAGCAAGAAUCUUAAAUCCUGUGGCAUGUUGAUUUAAACAACUUAAUAUUUCACCAAAAGUUUAAAUUUGGUCAAGAGGCACUUUUGCAAAUUACUGGCAUGUUCAUCUCUUCCAUCCAAUCAAUCAGUGAUCUAAGCAAAGUCUUUUAGAAGACAGACCAAAAUCUGCCCCUCUCAUUUAAAGGCUGAUAGAAGUGGAAUGAAGAACUGAAGACUCCACCACUACAAGCAGCUCUUGGUAAGUUCAGCAACAGUGUUUUCUUUCCUGCUCCAUAUUCCUCUUUCAUUUAAACUUGAUUCAUCUGAUGUUACAAAUUACUUGGGAACAAGGAGAUUAAGGUUUUCCUGACAGUGAAGUUGAACUGUAGUGUCUCUGUACUUUUAGUGUACUUCAUGGGCAUUAAUCUAGCACUUCUGUGUUA